AUGCAUAUGCGGAAGUUUGCAGUCGGAGUGGCUGUGGUGCAGCUGGCGCAAGUAGUGUGGGGAUUAACCUAUGACACAUGCAAGGUCGUGCCGGCCGCUGGUCUGUCAAUAAUCAAGUACUAUCGCGAGAAGUGCGUGCACUGCCAGCGAAUUGCACCUAAGAUAACCAAAAUCAUUGAUUCAAUUGAAAAACACGGAACACCCGUAAUGGGAUUGAUGGUUGACACGGAUAAGUGCCAUGAUGAAGGUGUAAAGCUAGAGGCUAUUCCAACCAUAGUAGUUCAGAACAAUGGGCUAGAACUCCUGCGGUUUUCGGGCGAUCGGCCGUACACUGAAAUUGCUGAAAUGAUAGGUAAAGCGACUGGAAUAUCCACAUCGGUCUUUACGGCUAUGCCAGAGGCGCGCAAGAGCCUUUUACACCUCACAAAGAGCGACUUUUUAUCUGGAUUUGCUGGUCCAUGGGUCAUCUACUUUGAAGAUAGCUAUAACCAUGUGGUUGAGGACAUUCUUUUACAGACAUACAAGGCCUUUGAUAAUGAGAUCAAAAUAGCUAAGUAUGUGGGCGCAGACAAAGAAAUAGUUGCUGGUAGGUAUUACAUCUAUGACUUCCCUGGUAUUCUGGUGAUGUACGAUGGCAUUCUUAUGCGGUACAACGGCGAAAUGACCCUAGCGGCCUUCCAUGAAUUUUGCAGUCGCUUGGUCGAGCCUAGUUUCAAGGAAGUUACGGCUGAGGAACUACAGAGCGUCCAAACCCCAACCUUUGUGGUCUUUUAUUCGGAUCCAAUUCAAGCCAACCGGACUUUCCGCCGAAUAGCUCAUGAUCUGAAAAUGAACGCCAUUACUCACAAGAUGAAGGUCGAGGCCAAUGAAGGCGAACAAGUUCUAAGACUGGCUGUCUUUAAGAACGGCACCAAAUUCUACUACAGCGGAGACAUCAACGAUGAAGGAAGCGUACGAGAAUGGCUCUUCCACUCCCACUUCCCCAAUACUUCUAAGCUAUCAAUGGACAAUUUCUACUCUAUCUUCCAUGGACUCAAACCGGUCAUCUCCAUUAUAACCGAUGGUGGAAACAACCGCGAGAUUUCUAUCUUUGAAGAAGCAGCACUGGCCCACAACCGCGGCAACUCAUCCUCGCCCUACGUCUUUACCUUUAUAGAUAAGAAAGAAUACCCCAAAUUCACCGAAACCAACUUUGGACCGUUGCAUAACAAGCCAUUGGUGGUCUUCUUCAACCCAGAGAAGCAAGUCUUCUAUGGCGAGCGAAUUAAAGCAAAUGAAUCGUUUGAUGCUUAUCUCCAAAGACAAAUCCAAGCAUUUGAGUCGCAAACAAUCCCAACCUACACGAAAGAAGCGCCACUCUCCUACAGAUGGAUUCUACUGGCCGCUGGUCUUAUUAUUGGAGUGGGCUCAAUAGCCAAGCUUGGGCUAGCAACCAGAAAGAAGUUAGCUCUUGAAUAA